CUAUGACCAAAUUUUUGGCAAUUUACCUUUUUAUUUUCUUCAUUUUACACUCUGGAAGCUUAAUUGUAAAAUGUGUUGUAAAAAAUAAACAUAAGCAUUGAAUAUUCUGGACAAAGCAAUAACAUCUCCAUGGAGACAAGCAGAAAUGUUACGCAGUGCACCUUUUAUAGAUGUUUUUUAUUACGUAAUUAUCUAUAAAUAGGACUGAACAGCACUGAAACAUCUCGGUGCAUCUCAGCUGUUUCCCGCGGAGCAAAGAACAACUGCAGAGCCCCUCCUCUAAAAACCAUCGCACCAACUGGACCCACAAGACCCCCCCAAGACCCGAGCCGAGACCCAGACCACACCCCCGGCACCUAAAUCCAGACCAGGACUGGACCAGGACUGGACCAGGACUGAACCUGGACCAGAGUUUAUAAAAGCGUCCGUCUCUGAGCUCCGGAGCAUUUGCCUGAUCUGCUCCAGGAUCUUCACCAUGUCUGAUAAAAAGAUGUCAGUGUCUCGGAGGAACUACCUCAAGAGUUUGCUGCUGCAGGUCGGGGAGGCGAUGGUCGAGGAGGAGGCCGAGAGAAAAGAAAAAGAAAAACAAAGUUACAUGAACGAAAACUGCCCCAAACUGUCACUGCCCCAGAGUGUACAAGACCUACAGGAGCUGUGCAGAAAGUUGCAUAAAUCGAUUGAUCUCGUGGACGACGAACGAUACGACAUGGAGCUCAAAGUCUCAAAGUCCGACAAAGAGAUUGACGACCUGAAGAUUAAGCUGCAGGAUCUGAAGGGAAAGUUCCGGAAGCCGGCGCUGAAGAGAGUCCGGAUGUCUGCGGACGCCAUGCUCGCCGCUCUGCUCGGAUCCAAACACAAAGUGUCCAUGGACCUGAGAGCCAAUCUGAAACAGGUCAAGAAGGAGACCAAAGACGAGGAGAAACGUUCUGGAGACUGGAGGAAAAACAUCGAGGACAAAUCCGGGAUGGACGGCAGGAAGAAGAUGUUCGAGACAGAGGCCUGAAGCGGCAGACUUUUUUUUUUUUUUUUUAAACCAGAUUACACACGAUUUACAGAAACUGCUUUUGUGUUUGAAAUACAGCCGACUUUUUUAUUAAACUUUACUG